CGCCUGAUUCCAUUCUGUCCAUCUCCCUAAAUCGUCGUCCCCCUUCCAUAAGCAUCAUAUACCCUCCAUGGCUGCCCAGAACGAAGCGACCACCCUGUCGAUCAACAAUCUUGGUGAAGAAGUCAUCAGACGUUCUGCGAACUUCCAGCCGAGUGUGUGGGACUAUGGCUUCGUGCAAUCGCUUGGCUCCGAAUAUUCUGAGAUUGAGGAGUAUGCGGAAGAGGUCGAGAGGAUGAAGGGGGAAGUGAAGAGGCUAAUCAAUAGUAAAGAGAUGGAUUCAUUGUCGAAGUUGGAGCUAAUAGACUGUGUCCGGAGGCUCGGGUUGGGUUACCAUUUUGAGGAAGAGAUUGAAAAGGCAAUGAGCGCCAUCUAUGAUGAGAAAGCCAAGUUCGGCUGGGGCUUCGAGGACCUUAACUCGAGCUCCCUCGGAUUCAGGCUUCUCCGACAGCACAAGUUCCUCGUAUGCCAAGACGUGUUCGAGAGGUUUACAGAUGACAAGGGUAGUUUUGGAGUGCCAUCGAACGAAGAUGGUGUGAAGGGGCUCCUAAGCCUGUACGAAGCCUCAUUUCACGCCCUUGAAGGCGAAAUGAUCCUAGACAAUGCCAAGGCUUUCUCCUCAACAUGCUUGAUGAAUGUGAAAAAGGACAUUAAUAUGUCCCCAAGCUUGGCUAGAAAAGUGGAUCACGCCCUGGACAUGCCCAUCCACUGGAGACCUAACAGGCUGGAGGCUAGAUGGUUCAUUAAUGCAUACGAGGGAGAGCGCGACAGGAACCCAAUUUUGCUCAAGUUGGCCAAACUGGACUAUAAUAUGGUCCAGUCGAUCCACAAGAAGGAAGUUAGCGAGCUUGCAAGAUGGUGGGUGGAUUUGGGCGUGAACAACUUGGCAUUCGCGAGGGACCGGCUAAUGGAACAUUACCUAUGGAACGCCCUGGUCGUUUUCGAGCCGCAGUUCGGAGCCUGCAGGGAAAUGACCACAAAGAUCAUCUGCUUGGUAACGGCAAUGGAUGAUGUUUACGAUGUGUUUGGCACAUUGGAAGAACUUGAGAUCUUGACAGAUUUCGUAGACAGGUGGGACAUAUCUGAAAUAGGAAGGCUUCCACCGGCAAUAAGAACAUGUUACUUGGCCAUGUACGACAUCAGCAAUGAUAUCAACCAGUGGACCAUUAAAGAGCGAGGUUUUAGCGUCAUUCCUUACAUCCACAAGAUGUGGGCGGACCAAACUAAAGCAUUGUUGAAGGAGGCAAAAUGGUACCAUGCCAGACACAAGCCGAGGUUGCAGGAAUAUCUCAAAACUUCGGUUACUUCUAUAGGAGGACUUCUGAUGAUGUUGUGUUGCUACUUACUGACCACUAACAAGAUCACGAAGGAAGCCCUGGAUUUCAUCUCUGAGUACCCGAGUAUCAUGUUCUGCUCCACCGCAGUCGUUCGACUCAACAAUGACCUUGCCACCUCCUCGGAUGAGAUGGAACGGGGGGAUAACUACAAGUCGAUACAGUGCUACAUGAAUGAGAGCGCGGCCUGUGAAGAAGCUGCAAGGCAGCACGUCAAGGGUCUGGUGUGGGAAAUGUGGAAGAACAUGAACAGAGAUGUCUGCAAGAGUUACCCGAUCACGGGGCCUUUCCUUAAUGCCUGCCUGAAUCUCGCUCGAGCGGCUCAGUGCUUUUACCAAUAUGGGGACGGGCAUGGGGUUCCUGGCGGCAAAACGAAGAACUACCUGAUGUCAGUCCUUGUCCGACCAGUCCCUAUCCAAGAAUUAAUAGGUAUGUAAAAGAUCUUUAGGCUAAUUGCCAUAAUAUCGAAUGGUUUCCAGCAGCUAGCAGCUAGUCCAUAUUAUUCGGCUUGAUCAAAAGUCUCAAAGGACUAUAAGCAUUGCAAAAUCAUUUUGCUGCAGUGUUUCAAUUGACACUAUGAUCAUAUGAUGAUUACAGACAAAAAGAUAAUUACUUCUUGUUA